AGAAGCUUUAUUACCUCUCACCUGGACACAGGAGAGCAGAAGACAUCUUCACCAGGGGGCGGUUGUUAGCUCUGGAGGCCAUGUUUACGCUGUGUACAUUUUUCGCGCUCUUCCUGGGCGCGGUCUACUGUCAGUUCCCGAGGUUAUGUACGACAAGUGCAGCUCUUCGGUCAAAGACUUGCUGCCCACCGUGGAAGGAUCGCAGCCCCUGUGGAUCACGAUCUGGACGUGGCCAGUGCAGAGAAGGUGUGGUUUUUACGCCCCUGGCCGCCAGCCGAGCUCGCCAGUUUUACGAUGACAGAUUAGACUGGCCACGUUUUUACUACGACAGAACUUGUCAAUGCUUCGGAAACUACAGCGGCUAUAACUGCGGCCGGUGUAAAUAUGGAUACUACGGCGACAAGUGCGAUCGCAAAAAGAUUGUGGUCCGGAAAGAGAUCCGCCAGCUCUCGUUUCUGGAAAGGAAGAGGUUUUUUAGUUACUUAGCGUUGGCCAAAACCACAAAAAGUGCCGAUUUUGUCAUCUUGUCCACGGGAGACAGACACCUCCGGGACACGUACCGCUUCGUGGACGCCUCCAUUUACGAUGUCUUUGCCUGGAUCCAUUAUUACUCCAUGAAGCCCAUUCUACUCAACGGAACAUUUGAUUUUAGCAGAAACUACGCCCAUCAGGGUCCGGCCUUCCCCGGCUGGCAUCGUUUGGGUCUUGUGUUCUUGGAGGAGGAAAUUCAGCGCCUGACGGGUGAUGAAGAUUUCGCCAUUCCUUACUAUGACUGGAGAGGAGAAAAGAACUGCUCCAUCUGCACCAAUGAAUUUCUUGGCGCAAGCAAUGCACAAGGCUUCCUGGACGAUGACUCCCACUUCGCAUUUUGGAAAUCUAUUUGCAGCGGGUUCAGUUAUGCUGAUGCCUAUUGCCAAACUGCUGGGGACCAGUGCCAGAUGGAGAGACUCCACAGGAAGCCGGGUUCAGAUCCCCGGGUCAAAAGUCUCCCCACCUUCCAGGAUGUAGAGGACACCCUGAAAUGGAGAGACUUCGAUAGAUUCCCCUACAAUGCUAGUGCACAGAGGAGCUUCCGGAACGCUUUUGAAGGUUUUCUGAGACCAUCGGAUGGGACAACUUUUGAGCGCAAUAUGCACAACACGGUUCACAUUUAUUUGGGGGGAACGAUGUCUCAGGUCCCCAUCUCCUCCAACGACCCCAUAUUCCUGCUGCAUCACGGCUUCAUUGACAAGAUAUUUCAAGUAUGGCAGCAGAAAUAUAAAGCGACCCCAGCCGACUACCCAGAAAAUGAUGAGCUCGGACAGGGCCCCAAUGAAUGCUCCACCCCUUACUUUCCAUGUUAUAGGAACAAGGAUUUUCUGAGCAGUUCUACUGUGCUUGGAUACGUGUACUCUGAGUACCAGGGGAUGUAAGGUAUCUCCCUUAAAGGGAAUGUCUUUGUAGCAAUGCUUGGUGUUGUUCUUGCCUUCUUGUAAGUUUUCCUGGUACUGUAUCCUCCCCUCUGCGGCCAUAUGUCCUGCUCCUGGGAUAAAUGGGCAUUUUAAGGACGGUAGUCGCCCAGUUUUUACCUAUUGGUAAUUAGUCUUCUUAUGCAGGGAUUCGUCCCCUGCUCCUGUGUCACUAUGAACACAACUUCAUCCAUGAUGAGUCCCACUUUGCAUUUUGGAAAGUGAGUAUUAUUAAUCUUUGCUUUGCAUAUUAUGUACUAAUUUUUUAAGUCCCAUUGUGUCUUAUAUUCUAGGCCAGGGAUGCCCAACCUGCGGCCUGCCAGCUGUUGCAAAACUACAACUCCCAGCAUGUCUAAACAGACUACAGCUAUCAGCCUACAGCAGGGUAUGGUAGGAGUUGUAGUUUUAUAACAGCUGGUUGAGCAUUCCUGUUCUAGGCACAUCCAGAGCUGCAUUCAUAAUUCUGCUAGUUCUAGCAAUUCAGGUUCAUACCCCAAAGUAGUCCCCUUCUGGUUCAGUGUCUAUGUAUUGUACUGCAUUGCUGGAGAUAUAGGGUUCACUCCAGGUCCCAGAUAUAACAGCCUGACCUAAAAGGUAAGCUCCUGGGACCUAAUACAAAUCAGUACCAGGGUCCCCACCCCACAUGCCAUUUUUAAUACUGGUGUCUUGUAAUGUGGCAGAGAAGCCUUUGAGUCUACUCAGGCAUCAGGACCUAGGUGCUUCUCCUGCAUCCCCUAUAGCUAUGUCUGAUAUGAUAUACUCGUCCCAUAAUGAUCUGCUGCAGCUGUGCAUGCUAGUGAAAAGAUUCAGAAAUUUGAACGCAGCUUUGGAUAUGACUAGAGUAUGAGACAUGAAUCAAAUCAGAGGAAGGAUAUUCCGACUGCUGUCACGAAUGGCUGAGAGUGGGAAUAAUAUCCCUUUUAAGAAGCCAAAGAGCAGAACUUUUAAGUGGAGGAGGAAAACCAAUCAUAUAAGAGGUGCAGUUAAACUUGCAGGAGGGAGCAAGAAAACAAGGCAAGCGCUUCUAAAGAACCACAAGAUGGUCCGAAGUAAUAUCACAUUAUAAUAUAUAUAAAUUAAUCAUAUAUCUGUAUGCAGUCUAUAGAUCACAUUGCACGUACAUCUACCUCUAGCUAUCAUUUUCUGAUGUCUGAUUUUGGCUUCCUACUACAGAAGUUGGCCAGAUUGCAAUAUGAUUAUCCCCAGUCUGAUGGGAGUUAUAGUCUCUAUAUGGAUAUUAGAAACAAUGAGAAUACUGGGAUUACACUAGGGUUAAUGAGGCUGCGCUGUCGUAUUACGGCUGCUCAUGAACGUCUGGUCACAGAUGGCUUGGAUAAUGGACUUCACCUUCUCAGUUACAAUAAGUAGAUGAGGGGACAAUGGUUACCAUUUCCCCAGAUACCAUAGAGGAGUGCCCCCCCUCUCCAGAGGUCACAGGUCACUGCAAUCAUCUUAAUUGUGGUGUGUUUUGUAAAUAUCGGUAGUUACAUUGUAUCUGUCCUGCCUCUUCCUUUAUGUAGUGUCCACAGCUAUGGGGCAUAUGGAGAGUGGGUGCUUUAUAUCAGCUUGGUCCCUUCGUCUGAAUCUGACUAAGAGUACUUUCACACUAGCGUUUUUCUUUUCUGGCACUGAGUUCCCUCAUAGGGGCUCAAUACCGGAAAAGAACUGAUCAGUUUCAUCCCCAUGCAUGCGCAGACGUAAAACUGUAAAAAA